AUGUCAAUUUUGCACACGAAGACAAAACGAAAACGUUACUUCCGUGACUGUGACCAAGUACUGGACGAAGUGUUUGGAGAAGGAUUUGCUAAGAACCAUAAAAAUGAAGUAUUUGUGCGAAUGGAGCCGUAUUCGAUUGGGUCUGGUUGCAUUGCUCAGGUUUACAAAGCUACAGUAAAUGUCGCGGCCUUGGAGCGAGUGACUGGAAAGAAAUUCCCUCAGUUUGACGGUUUUGAGGAAAGAGAAGUGGCGAUCAAGGUCGCAGAUUACGGUGUUGAUGACAAAAUCAAUUUGGAUUUGUCAAUUUUGCGAAAUGCAACAAGUUUGGUACUCACGUUGAUGCCGUCUCUCAGCUACUUAGAACCCCUAUCGGCCCUGGCACAAUUCGAAAUGGUUCUACGUCGUCAAGUUGAUUUGAGGAAUGAGGCGCGAGCAUUACAAGUGCCCGCCCACGCAUUGAUUGCUUUGCUUGGUGCACGUGCUCUUCUCAAAAUGAUAUUUGUCGAUAACUUCGUGCAUGGAGAUUUGCAUCCAGGAAAUAUUUUGAUACGUUUCAACGAGGACGAUCAGGGUUUGCCUGGAGUACACAGUGCACCACCGAAGGAGACAAUAGUGGAACACGCGUUGGAACGAAUACGAGAUUGGCUUGGAUGGCGAUCGUCGCCACGAAUCCGAUUCACAGACUCUCCAGAACUAGCUGACGAACCGACAUUAGUAAUGCUCGACACUGGAAUUGUUGUGUCUGAAACAGAGAAGAACUUGCGGAAUUUGAAAGCGCUUUUCCGAGCAAUAUUACAGAAACAGGGCUACAAGGCCGGCGAAUUACUUCUCAAGCAUGCCGAGAAUAGCCGUAAUUGUCGUGAUCCGCAUGAAUUUUGUCUACAAGUCGAACGACUUGUGACAAAGGCAAUGAAGGAACGAUCUUUGAGAUCA